AUGAAAUCAUGUUUUACAACUACUAUACAUGAAUAUGCAUUACAUUUAUUAAAUAAUAAUAAUCAUGAUCAUCAACAACCUCCAACAGUUAGUUCAGAUAAUCAUCUACGAAUUUAUUUUCCUGAAAUACAUUGUUAUGGAAAUUAUUCUAUUCAACAAAAACAAGAAAAUAAAACAAAAGGUCGUUUAAAUAUUCGUACAAAAAUUGAUAUACUUAAAUUAAUUAUAACAGUUAAUUUUAUUGCACAACUAGUUUUUGUUUCAAAAGCAACUAUACAUGAAAUAAAUGAAAUUCUUGCAAAAGUUUCUGGAUUUGAUCAAUUUCAUUUUGGAGCAACAACAAAACAUACACAAAAUGAAAAUGAUGAUGAACCAAAAAAAGAUCAACAAACAACACCAUCAACAUUAUUUACAUAUACAAUACAUUUAUCAAUGAAAGAUUUUGAAGUUAUGGGACAAACGCCAUCAAAUACAAUAAAACAAAAUUCUAUAUUACUCUAUAAUAAACCAUUAAUUAAUGCUCUCAUAAAUAUUAAACUUGGUUUAGGACAAUUAUUGCAAAUAGGUAGUUUUCAAGAUGGUGCUUAUUUUGAAACAAAAUUAUUUUUAACAACAUUCAUUACAAGUAAGUUUAAAUGGGAUGAUCCGAAUAAAGAAGCUUAUUUUAUUCGUUUAGCAAAACCAAGUUUCUAUUGGCAACCCGGUGCUGUUGAUAAAGGUAUUGCUAUACCACUUCAACAAUAUGAUCCACUAACAAAACUACCAACAACAGAUAAUUUAACACCAUCAGAAAUAAUAACUAAACAAUCUAUUCCGAUAUUUGAUAAAACAACUAUAUCAGCAUGUUCAUGCGAUGCUAUAAUAAGUUCAGGUUCAUUUGAAGUUUUUUGUUUUCGUUUUGCUGAAAAUUUUCAACAAACAAAUAUAAAAUGGAAAUCUAUAGAUUCAGAAUCAUCACCAAAUAUUAUUUUAAAUGCAUGUUGUGUGUUAAGUGAACAAUAUUUAAUGCAUUCACGUAUUGAGACAAAUCUUGAUUCAAUUAUUGGUAAACAUUUUUCACAAUUAAUUCGUACAAUAACAUCAACACAAUUAAUUGAACCAAUUAAUCAUUCAAAUGACGAAAAUAAUUCUUCAUCAAAUUCAAAUUUAUUAAAUGCACAAGCUGGUGGUACAAAAAAUAUUUUAGAAAAUAUUGAUGAAAGUGAUGAUGAUGAUGAAAGAAUAAAACGAUUAGAAUAUGAACAUUUAACAUUAGGACAAAAAAUUAAAACAUUAAAUAGACGAUCUCAAACAUCUUAUGAAACAUUAAAAGCAGACUUAACAAGAUAUGAAUGGUUAGAAAAUGCAAUGACGAAUUCUGGUCAUAAUCGUGAUCGAAAUCGUAUUGAUUCAGCAAGUUAUAAACGAACACAAUCAUAUGAUCCUAGUAGACCUUCACAUCAUACUCAGUAA